GACGAAGGUAACACAGUAUAGGUGCACACCAUGAGGUACGACGGAUGGCGUAAAUAUCUGGUGGCUGGCUGGGCCAUCAUUGAGACAUUUUUGUUUGCUGGUUUGCUAUAUGGAUGGGCGCCAAUGGUGUGGAUAUUCAAACAAGAAGGUGUGUAUGCAGAUCUCUGCCCAGACAGCACAAACGUCUCCUACUUUUCUUACCAUUACAAUAUGUCCACAGUUGCACAAAGCACGUACAAUGUGAUGACAAUGGGGAGUAGCAGUCCAGCACCGAAGACGACGGCAGAUAAGGAGCAGGAUUUCAAAUGUCCUCCGCAAGACGACAAGUUUGCAUUGGCAUUCACUAUAGGAUCGGCUAUAUUUUGUGCAAGUUCUGCAGCAUACGGGAUUACCGUAUACAAGACUGGAACUAGAAUGACGCGCACUAUUGCAAUGGUAAUGUUUUUCGGCGGAGCGACGAUGCUAGCAUUUGUCGAUAAAGAGAAACCAUGGCUUGUUUUUCCGGGACUGACAAUAAUGGGAGUCGGUGGCCUACCUGUCUUAAUUACAAAUGCCCAGAUCUCCAACUUAUUUGUAAAAGGCAGUUCUACAUUCAUCGGCCUAUUGUGUGGAGCUUAUGAUGCGUCAUCGUCCGUCCUUCUGAUAAUUAAGCUAGCGUAUGAGAAAGGAUUUCACAGUCAGUAUUCAUACGGUAUUCUGGCAGCCCUGCACGUCCUUGUUGCAGUAAGUACCUUUGUUUUCCUGCCUAAAGAUCGCAUACGUAAACAAGAAAAGAGUAACCCGACAGACGAGGAGGAACAUGUGGAAUCAUGUAUUACAGAAAUACCUAAUAUACAAGAUACAAAUACAUCAGUAUAUGGAAAGACUACAGAACCACUAAAUGGGGAUUUGGACAUGUCUGAAAAACGCCACCCGUCCCUGAAAAGCUGUAUACUGUCGAAUACUUACAUUUUACAUGUGCUAUGGGUCUGCAUACUUCAACUACGAUUUUACUAUUUUCUUGGCACUAUGAACAGCUACCUAACACGGAUAACAGACAACAACAAACUAUUAGUGAGCCAUUUUACCAAUACCAUGAUGUAUACAAUGGUAGGCGGUGCCGUCUCCUCUUCCUUUGCCGGUGUUUUGUACGAUUGGCAACGGAAAAUAUUUAGUGGAAGACGUUCACACAUUCAGCGCCAACUGCUGCCCUCCAUCUUGCCCAUGGGUGUUGGUAGUUGUUUGGGGAUCCUCCUAUCUUUACUGGUCCUUCUGCCUAGUCUGGACAUCCUGUAUGUCGACUUUAUCGUCAUGACGUUACUCAGGUCAUUCCUGUACAGUGCCGGGACUACAUUCCUAACCACCGUGUUUCCGAGCGAGUACUUCGAGAUGUUAUAUGGAAUAAUGAUAAUAUCGGCAGGAAUAUUCGGCUGUCUACAGUUUGCUUUGUUUACCUGGUCCCAGAGCUAUCUAGGGGCCAUUCUUCAUUCUGAUGUGUUCUGUAUAUGUCUGACCGCGACUUCACUGAUACAUCCGAUAUACCAUUGGGUCAAAUGUCGACGUGUUGCCGAUUUCGUCCUCGACAAAUAUUGAUGUAAUUGAUUCUAAGAGUGUUAAUCAAGUGACUGUAUUGUUAUCGUUGUUGCUAUCGUUACAAAUAUAUUGCACAUAAUGAC